GUGGGAAUUUUCGGUGCAAAUUAAUAUGCAACUCACCUAAAAUAAUGAGCAGUUAAGUUCACGGAUUAAUAUUUAUUGUUUCAAAUUUAUAUUUUUGCGGUCAGAAAUCCGUUAAAUUAAAUGUUUCAUCAAAGAUUAAGGUAGGUAUAUGGUUUAUAUAUUUUCAUAUAAAAGCAUUUUGACCAAUUCAACAAACCAACAGUGUUAAAAGUUUUAAAAUUCUCAAAACAAUUAUAAGAACUCUCAGUAACAUGAAAAUUCUUAUUUAUUUUUCGGCAUAUUUAACCUUGGUUGUUGCUGGUGGACGAGGGUAUCUACCUAAAGGUGGUGCUGUCAAUCAUGGACACAGCUUAGGAAAUACCCAUGGUGGAAAUUCCUUUGGAGUUGUUCCACAAUCAAAGGGAGUAAUUAGUAAUGCUGGAUAUGGUAAUGCAGCUUCCUUCGGACCUUCUUCCUCUCAUGACAGUGGAUUUAGUACAGGACACUCUCAAGGGGUUACGCCCAGUCUUUCUACUGGAUUUGCAGGGAACGGUUGGAACGCAGGACACUCGGGGGUUUCCCAAGGGCUUAAUGGAGGUUUCUCGUCUGGUUUUGGAGGUCAUUCUCAUGGUGCAUCAAACUCAUUAUAUUCCAGUUCUUCUCUUGGUCUAACUGGCGGUUCUUCGUUUGGUGAACAUCCAGGUUUCAGUCAAGGAAUUGAGAGCUCUUCAGCUGACAUUGGAUUUUCCUCACAUGGAAGUGGUGUUUCUCAAAGUCUUAUCGCUGGCUCAUCACAUGGGAACGGAUGGAGUACAGGUCAAUCAAGUUUGUCGCAAGGAAUCUCUUCUCCUAAAUUAUCUUCCAAGGGAAGCGGUUGGAACACAGGAUACUCGGGUUUAUCUCGAGGUUCAAUAAGUCAAGGGCUUAACACAGCAUUUAAAAGACAGAACUCUGGCCAUUCUAAGAUUUCUCAUAGAUUAAAUGGAGGUUCUUCAUUUGGUGGGCAAUCAACAAGUUUCACUCAAGGUCCUAUUAGGGGACCAUCAUCUGGCUUUGGACUGUCUUCACAUCAUGGAAGUGGAUCGACUGCAUUGAAUGUUGGUGUUUCUCAAGGACUUAUCGAAGGCUCACCACAUGGCAGAGCUGAUUCGGGAAUUUCGUAUGGAAUUAAUAGUUCUUCUUAUGGUCAAGGUCAUGGAUCUGGUUCUAAGAAUGUUUUUGCAAAGAAUUAUAGACCCAGUAAAGUUUUGAACAGUGUUCCCCACGGAGGAAGUUCUUCUUACCCAGUUGAAGUUGCAGCUACAAGUUAUGGCCUAGGUCAUACAACUGGAAGAAUUUCGUCACCAAUAUCAGGUGCUGUGUCCUUCAAUUCAGGUCAUGGAGGUAGCUUUGGAGGUGUUAGUGGAUCAUCUCGUUACGAAUAUUACGGAAACUCUGCUGCAGCUGGUUUUGGAAAUGCAAUGCCAGCAGGUGGGGUUCAUCAUGGGGGCAGUUCUUCUCACGUAAUAAGCAAUAGACGAUAUGCUAGUGAUUCACUUGGUGGGUCUUGGGCUGUUACUAAACCACAAUUCAGUUGGUCGAAGAGCAGUUGGUAAGAAUAUUUUAAGAAACAGAAUUCUUAGUUCUCUCAGAUACAAUUGUUUCCCAACUCUGGUUAAAUUAAAUUUGAAUUUUCUAACAAAGAAAUUUUUUAAUUAUGUCAACCUAUUGUUUUAAGUGAAACAUAAUAAAGUUGCUUAUUACAUUAAUGUUUAUUUCUUUUUCUUAGAGAAUUUCUUAAUGAUGUGAAAAAAGAUAAUAAGUGAAUAUUAUAAAUAAAUGUAUGUUUGCGAAAUAUUUCGUUUAUAUACCUUAUCUAUACGGAAUAGAAGAAGACUGUGUUUAGUAAGCGAAAGUUUAAAAAUGAUAUUAAUUAUUGUUUAUGUAUUUUUUAACUUAAGCAAGGCGUGACAAACAGUUUAUUUAAAUAGGGUUAAAUAAACUCAUGCAAUAUGAGGAAUACUGCUCUUAUGACUGUUGCUUAACUUAUACUUAAGUGAGAAGGGGUCAA